CCUCCGCGCGUGCGGCUGCUUAAACGGCCGAAGCUGCACCCGGAGCCGCGCCGCGCGUACUGGCGUGCGCGUGUCCGCGGUGAGGUCACCCCCCCUCCCCACUCGUGUUUACACAUCCGGGUCUGCAGCCCCUUCCCCAUUUCGGAGCCAUUUUGGACGCAGAUCAGUGACCCCCCCGCCGCUGCAGCUUCCAUCCCGGUGGACCGAAUCACCGCGGAACCAGCACUAGGUUCUGCCCGGCUCGUGUUCGGCCUCUGACCCAGUUCGGUUCCGGAAGUCCCCCCUGAACCUCCGGCGGUCCUCGUCGAUCCAUGCCCAGCAUUGUUGCGCCGUCGCGGCCGUGGACGCGCUGUGGUGGGGGCUAGGCUGCUGGAGGGACCGGAGGCCCGUUCGGAUCCCGGACUGAUGUUCGGUCCGAACCGACUUUAAUGUCCGCGGACGGAGGGGGGGCCUUGAACGGAACAUGUCUUCUUCAUGGCUGACCUGUUCGCUGCUCCUGGGAACUUUGUGCGCAGGGUCCAGUCUGGGUGAAGUGGAGACGCGCGAGUGCAUGUACUACAAUGACAACUGGCGAACCGAGAGGACCAACCAGAGUGGCUUUGAGCGAUGCGAAGGGGAGAAGGACAAGCGGCUGCACUGUUACGCCUCCUGGCUUAACUCCUCAGGGACCAUCAAGCUGGUGAAGAAAGGCUGCUGGCUGGAUGACUUCAACUGCUAUGACAGGCAAGAGUGCGUCUCCAUGGAGGAAAACCCUCAGGUGUUUUUCUGCUGCUGCGAGGGGAACUACUGCAACGAGAGGUUCACGCACCUCCCUGACAUGAUGGGCAACGGCAAUCGAGUGAAGAUCCAGCCCCCUCCUCGAGUGCCGUCGGUGCUCAGUGUGCUGGUGUACUCUCUGCUGCCGCUGUGUGUGCUCUCACUGGCCCUGGUUCUGGCCUUAUGGAUGUACCGACACCGCAAGCCCCCCUACGGCCAUGUGGACCUGAGCGAGGAUCCUGGCCCGGUCCCCCCGUCCCCUCUGGUUGGUCUGAAGCCCCUGAAGCUGCUGGAGAUCAAAGCUAGAGGACGCUUCGGUUGUGUGUGGAAAGCCCAACUAAUGAACGAAUAUGUUGCUGUAAAGAUUUUCCCAGUUCAGGAUAAGCAGUCGUGGCAGAAUGAGCGGGACAUUUAUCUGACUCCAGGAAUGAGGCACGAGAACAUUCUACGCUACAUCGCAGCAGAAAAACAUGGCAGCAGCCUGGAGACAGAACUGUGGCUCAUCACAGAGUUUCACGAGAGGGGCUCGCUGACGGAUCACCUGAAGGGUAACACUGUGACCUGGGCCGAGCUGUGCCACAUAGCAGAGACCAUGUCCCGGGGCUUGGCCUACCUCCACGAGGACAUUUCCAGCUUCAAGGGGGAGGGGCCUAAGCCCACCAUUGCUCACAGGGAUUUCAAGAGCAAGAACGUGAUGCUGCGAGAUGAUCUGACCGCUAUCAUUGGAGACUUCGGACUGGCAGUGCGCUUUGAGCCUGGAAAACCUCCUGGAGACACGCAUGGACAGGUGGGUACCAGGCGCUAUAUGGCUCCAGAGGUUCUGGAGGGCGCCAUCAACUUCCAGCGAGACUCCUUCCUGAGGAUCGACAUGUACGCCAUGGGCCUGGUGCUGUGGGAGCUGGUGUCCCGCUGCUCGGACAGGGACGGUACAGUCGGCGAGUACAUGCUGCCGUUUGAAGACGAGAUCGGCCAGCAUCCGUCCCUGGAGGACCUGCAGGACGUGGUUGUGCAUAAGAAGAUGCGUCCGGUCAUCAAAGACUGCUGGCUCAAACACCCGGGUCUGGGCCAGAUCUGCGAGACCAUGGAAGAAUGCUGGGACCACGAUGCAGAAGCGCGCCUGUCCGCCGGCUGUGUGGAGGAGCGCAUCAGUCAGAUCGCCAGGACGACCAGCAGCUCUACCUCAGACAACCCCGUCUCCAUAGUAACGUCUCUCAUCAACGAGGACCUUCCUCCCAAAGAGUCCAGCUCCUGAACGGGGGCGCCACCACCCCCAUCUCUCAACUGUUCCAGCCCAGAUCAGAAGAUCCUGUGAAACGCCGCUGCUAUGUACCAGUUCUUGAUUUGGAUCGGCCGCACUAACACGUCCGUCUGCUGUCGUAGUAAUAAGCUAUGCCACAUCCACCAGUCAGACCUCGGUCAUUACCUCAUCGUCUGUAGCCCCGCCCCUUUUAUACCUCAUCAGCUCUUUGUGUUGCUUUCCCAUCCUGGUCACAUAGUCGUCUGCGGCCAAAUGACACAAACUUUUGCUCCUCCCCUCAGACGACGUGCUGCAACCUGGGAGGAAGCCGUUCAGACUGUUAAGUACAUGUAUUCAUCUUCCUCAGGGCUCAGAGCUUCUGUUUCUACAGCAGUCAAGCUGCUUCCUCAGGCGGACAACCAGCAACCCGCUGGGCGGGACGAGGGAGCUCAGCACUUCUACGGACGCUUUGGACUUCUCAAAGAUUUGGGACAAGUGUCUUGUCCUGAGAACUACCUCUCAGGUAUCCAGCAGGCUUCUCUGAACGAGAUCCCACCCGCCGUCACGGACAAAUCCUGGACAUCUUUGUUUUCUAACAUCAGAGCGACUUCUCUCUAAGGGCGCCGAUGCCGGCUGGAGCCGCACAUGACCUUCCCCACUUCACUCUGUGUGUGUGUCUGUGAGAGUGUAUGUUUGUUUGUUUACAUGUGUGUAUUUAUGUAUGGGUGUGUGAAUGUGCAUCCAUGUGUUUGUGUAUCUGUUGUUGUGAAUGUUUGUGUCGAGUGAGUGAUCUCCAGACCCACACAGUGUGUUGGUCUGAAUCCUUGAGGGUAGAUCCCUGACCGGGCCACUCCGGACCCGGUCGGGUUGGAAAGACCCAGUCAGGUUGGGAAGACCCGGUCGGGUGGCCCAAGUUGGGCAGACCCAGUUGGACCCACAUACCUCAGUGGCUGCAUGCCAGCGGUGGAGCGGUGGUCUCAAAUGCAAUGCCAUAGUUGUACCAUAGAGGAGAACCACACAUGAAUGUUUGUUCUGCUGCUGUGACGAUUCCAGGUUCCUCAAGGAUUUGUAGAUUUGUGACUCGAACACUAACGUAGAAGAACUUCUCUGUGACGUAAUGUCAGGCUCAUUUCCUGUUUGUGUUGUUGGACUUGGUAAGCUUCAGCUUACUCCACCAGACUGACCUCAGAUGUUCUGACAAGUACCUCAGGCUUUUUCUAAAUAUAUAUCAAGUUGUGUUGAAUAUUUGAUUGUGUUUUAGUAUUUGAUAUUUUAUUACUGGUCGGCCUCAGACUGUGGAGAUUGUUGUUCAUGUCUGAGCGGAGCCGGCCCGGUUCUGCUGAUGCUCUGAGAACCUAAAGGAAGAUGGGCAGAUUCCUGUAAAUGUUGGUGUUGAAGAGGCUGAACAACGUUGAUGUUUUUCCUUCGAUACACAAUCAGGGCAUUGCUGUUACUCUCUUCUGGGCGGGUCCAGAUCCUCUGCGUAUUUAUUUGGACUCAAGGCCCUUCGGUUGUGGGUGACGGUGAACACCGGUGAGGGUGGGGGGGCUCCUGGAGGACGGACGGCACGGCUGGCAUUACAAACUGCGUGAUCGAUGACGAGCAAACCAGCAGUCUGGUGCGGCCCCGGCCUGUCAGAACCGUUCGGGCUGAAUGUUAACCUGUCUCUGACCUGUCGUAGUAGUUUAGUGGCUUGGGACAACACACAAGCCCAUCUGUGCUUAAACGUGGUGAUGCUCCAGUACCUAGCUCUUUGCCGACAUGCGGGUUAGAUCAGGACGGUGUUUCGUUUGUUUUUAACGCCACCACACCGGUCCAUCCAGCGCCAUCACAGUUCCCAUCAACGGUCCAGCAAUAUUUCCGAUACAGCAAUAGUUUCUUCAAGGCCCGGCUGGGACGGCGCCGUCUCCAGCGCAGGUCAAACAGGCAUCCCAUCACACCCGGAUCAGGCUCCGGCGGAGAAACGCGGUGGGCUGAACGUGCACGCUCGGCGUGGCGCAGGUGCUUUCACGAAUCGUGCCAGACAAACGGCGGUCCUGCCACCGCUUGUUGCCUCAAAAUGCUGUCUUACACCCAGCUCUUCUGAACCGAAAACCCUGUUACCUCAUGCAGUACCUCCUCAGUGACACGAACACGGAGUCGCUCUCAUCUUCAACAAGAACGUUGCAGUUUUAUGUACAUAUGUACCAGUAAAUGUAAAGGUUUCUUCCUUUGGAGCAGCUGUCUGCUCAGCAUUGGGUUUCUUGCUGUAAACGUGUGAUCUCUGCCGUUUCUGUGACCUGUGUGAACCUGUACGAAUGAUACCUGUGCAUCCAGAUGCUUAGAAAAUAUACACUAGAGAGAUAUACAUUCAUCACUUUGUAUAUGAAAAUAAAACAAAAUCCUGAUUAACCAUGUAAACACUGCUA